AUGGCCCGCAUCAUGGACGUUGAAAGACUAAUUGAGCAGCUCACUUUGGAGGAGAAAGUGCAGCUGACUGCUGGCACGGGUUGGUGGCACACAACAGCGAUCGAUCGUCUCUCUAUACCCUCGAUACGUCUAUCCGAUGGUCCCAAUGGCGUCCGUGGAACCCAUUUCUUCGACAGCACCCCCUCGGCAUGUCUGCCAUGCGGUACUGCCCUGGGCGCAACUUUUGACAUAGACCUGGUGGAGCGUGUAGGCCACCUGCUUGCUGAGGAGGCGCAUGCCAAGGGAGCCCACGUUCUGCUUGGCCCGACAGUCAACAUCCAACGAGGGCCCCUUGGUGGCAGAGGUUUCGAGUCUUUCUCCGAAGACCCCGUGCUUUCCGGCAUCAUAGCAGGGCACUACGUCCGCGGUGUCCAGGCCUCUGGCGUAUCGGCGACGCUGAAGCACUUUGUUUGCAACGACAUGGAAAGCGAAAGGAUGGCAGUUGAUGUCCAGGUGACAGAGCGGGCUUUACGCGAGGUAUACCUUCUCCCAUUCAUGAUCGCCAUUGAAAUGGCAAAGCCAAGAGCGAUCAUGACGGCAUAUAACAAGAUCAACGGCAGCCACGCGCCUGAGAACCGCCGCCUGCUCCAAGAUAUCCUCCGCGAUGAGUGGAAGUGGGAUGGUCUCAUCAUGAGCGACUGGUACGGAACCUAUAGCACAUCCUCCGCAGUCACAGCAGGGCAAGACCUCGAGAUGCCGGGCCCGAGCCGCUGGCGUGAAGAGGCUCUCGUCCACGCUGUUACGGCAAACAAGGUGAAGCGUCGAGACCUCGAUGAACGCGUACGAAAUAUUCUCAAGUUGAUCAAACACGCUGUCGAAAACACCACCAUUCCUACGAAUGCCCCCGAAAGCGAGGCAAAUACUCCCGAGCACGUGCAGCUGCUUCGCGAGGCGGCAGCAAAGUCCAUCGUUUUGCUGAAGAACGAGAGAAACAUCCUGCCCCUGAACCCAGCAAAGCGCAUUGCCGUGAUUGGACCCAAUGCCAACAUCGCUACAUAUUGCGGUGGCGGCAGCGCAUCACUUAGGGGAUACCGCACCGUGACUCCACUCGAAGGGAUUUGCGGUUUCACAUCGAACGUUGAGUUUUCUCAGGGUGUCUACGGCCACCAGUCUCUGCCACUUCUUGGGAAGAGGCUCCGAACAGUCGAUGGUCAGCAUACUGGCUUCACACUUCGCGUGUAUAACGAGCCCAGACCGGACGGGGCGGAAGAUAAACGUUCAAUUCUGGAAGAACGACUUCUGGACGAUUCCAACAUGUGCCUCCAGAAAGCUGUUGACCUGGCUAGGUCCGUUGACCAGGUAGUCGUCUGUGCAGGGCUGAGUGGAGAAUGGGAAUGCGAGGGGCAGGAUCGUUCACACAUGGCUCUGCCUCCAGGAACCGAUGAUCUAAUCGCGGCAGUCGUCCAGGCGAAUCCCAAUACAGCAGUCAUCAUCCAGAGCGGCACGCCGGUUUCUAUGCCCUGGAUCGAGAGUGCUGGAGCUGUUAUGCAGGCUUGGUUCGGAGGCAACGAGGGGGGCAACGGUAUAGCCGAUAUUCUCUUUGGCGUUGUGAACCCGGCUGGCAAGCUGCCCCUUACUAUGCCCCGACGACUAGCAGACAACCCCAGCGCCUUGAGCUUCCGGUCUGACAAUGGCCGAGUUCUCUACAGCGAGGAUAUAUAUGUUGGCUAUCGAUGGUACGACACUCUUGACAUUGAUCCUCUCUUUGCUUUCGGCCACGGGCUUUCUUACACGUCCUUCGCCCUCUCUAACCUUGCAAUCUCCGAAUCAAACGAUGCAUCGAAAGGCAGCGACGCCCCGAACCUCAAAAUACGUGUGACUGUUCGAAACACUGGCUCAAGCUCUGGGUCUGAGGUUGUACAGAUCUACGUGAGGCCAUCCAUGCCCACACCUCUGACGGGUACAGCUGGCGACACCGUGACGCGACCGACUAAGGAGCUUAAAGGGUUCGCCAAAGUCCAGGUCGAAGCUGGCGAAAGCGCCAUUGCUGAGAUAAGCCUCGACUUUUUGCGAGCCACGAGCUACUGGAGCGAGAUGGACAACUGUUGGCGCAGUGACUCUGGGUCUUAUGUGAUACUGGCAGGGAACAGCAGUCGGGGCGUAUUCCUAGAGCAGGUGGUUGUAGCCCAGAAGACGAGGAGGUGGACUGGAAACGCCGGAGCGUCGCCAGGUCGAAGUGUUGUUACAGCGGCCGCAGCGAGCAGGACUGCACAAAUUGCCACACGUGCAUGCGAUGCUUGUCGCGCACGAAGAAAGCGAUGCAUUUUUGUGGAGGAGUCCACUGUAGGGCAAGAUUCUCCGCAAAGUAGCAUUCAGACGCCCCAGUGUGCUGGGUGUAUCAAGCUUGGCCUGCCUUGCAGCUUUGCCAUCCCAACAAGAACUCGGGGACCCAAGAAGCGGCAAGUGAAGUUUGACCACUAUCGAGCCGUGGCCACAGAGCUCGUCGACCGCUUCCCAACACGUAGUGCCAUGAUUGACUACUGUGCGCAGAUGUGCCUGCGACUGCGCUCGGCUGGCCAUUGGGACCAUGUUACCCAUCGUAAAUGGGCCGUGUGCUACAGCUUGGCGAUUGGUACCUUUCAGACAGGUCAGUCAAACCAUAGUCGCAUGCUCGAGGUGGAGGCGGCGCAAUUCGCUCGUCUCCUGGGCAUUCAUCGGAUCUCGGAGUACGAGGGCUUGAACUGCAUUGAAACGCAGCUACGAAAGAAGGCUUUUUGGCUGCAAUUUUACGGAUACGCGCAUUCUCUAAUACACGUUGGACGCCGUGAGCAGCUGACCUUUCUUGACCAUUACACCCUGCGAGACGUGAAUUUCGCAGCCUUGGUACCCCUCGACAUUGAGGAUGAGUUGAUCACUGAGCAAACCGUCUUCGAUUCUGUAACGCUGGACCCGGCGUCUCCCUUGACUGGCAACAGCCGGCCAUACGACAGGACAGACCGUCCUUUUACGAGCAUCAGCGCCUUUAUUGCGGCCUCUCAGGUGUUCCUCACCGCCAUGCAGGAAGCACUAUUCCACGAAAGUUGUGACUGCAGCCCCAAGCGCGCACCCGAGGCUCGCCUCGGUCGAUUGCAGACUUUGCUCGAGAAACUUGAGUAUAUGCUUGACGAUCUACCUGCCGUAAUGAGACAAUGGGUUGUCGCCGAGGACGUCCAUCAGACCCGUGAUAAAUUUGGCAAGAACGUUGACUCCCCCGAGGUUGCUCACGCCCAGCUAGAGAUUACCCGCGCCAACCUGCACUUCACCCAUCUUUGGCUGCAGAAUUACCUUCUCGAGAAGAUCGACUUGAUACUUCAGCAGCAGGUAUUAGACACCGACGUAACAUCAGAUACAGCCUCCGCGUCUGCGGCCCUGCGUGCUAAUUGGGUGUCGCGUGAGGACAUCUGCCGCCAGAUGCUACACUUACUGCACAGCAUUCAGCAAGUACAUAUUGAGCCGAACGGACUAUACUUGGCGUAUAAGGUCCGAGAUGUGGCAGUGGCGCUCCUCAACUGCCCCUUUGAAGCCCACGAAGGACCCUCCCGCCGGGCUGCUGAGUACAUGCGAGACUUCACAAGCAUGUUAUCUCGCCUCGACCGCAGUGAGAUCAUGAACACUGCAAGUCUAAAGAGCUGGGUUGACAAAGAUCGCGACUCAGCUCGGUAG